AUGCACACGAUUACAAUUGGCUGCAGAAAAAUGAAAAUGGCUGAGUUUGUGUGAAAAACCUUUGAACGCAUUAGAGAAAAUUGUAUACAAAUUUGAGGAAAAACUUGUGUAAAUUUAUCAAAUUAUCAAGAAAAACGUUCAUCAAUUUCCAAUACAACUUGUGAAACAAAAAAGUGUUAAAGAAUUUAUGUAAAACCAUAGCAAAAAGCGUUUGAAAAAGUGCAUAUUUUUUCACGCCUAGAACAAGAUACAAUUGCAAAGAAUCUUGAGGCUACAUUCAUCAAGCUGUAGUGAAAAAAACAAAAAGCGAAACUAAAUAGACAGAAAGAAAAAGGGGGCAUAUCUAUGUAGUUUGCAAAUUUCAUAUCCAUGUACAUACCAAUUGUAUUGUAUAUUGCAAUAAUUUAGAAUGGCUGACGAUUCUGGUGAUAGUGAUAUCGAGCCACGUCCUUCGUGUAGCAAAAAUCGACGCAAUACUCGAGGAAGCUAUAACCGUGAUGGUGGUAAUUGCGCUGAAAGUAGGAAGGGCAGAAAACGUCGAUUCGUCAUGCGCAUCGAGUUCGAUGAUAGUGACGAAGAUUGUUCUUCGGCUUCAGAAGCAUCUAGCGACGAUGGUAAAGAAGAAAACAUGAACAUUGCCAACGAUUCACCAUCAAGUUCUACGAGAGCGCGACGAACUGGAUCAAAGAAAUCAAACAAAAAUGAAGAGUCGGAUGACAUUCAGAGGAAUAUGUCAAAGCGUCUGCGAAACAGACGCACAAAUAGGCUCUACCUGGACGGAAGCGAUUCGGAUGGGACUUCAAGUGGCAGUGAGAUUAAUCGGUCGGUAAAAACGCGCGUAACCAAAUCGUCGAAGAAAAUCAUCAUCUCUGAAGAUGAGCCCAUACAUUCAAAUGAUGAGGCAGCGGAUAAAGAAAGCAGCAUGCAAACGAAUGACAUUGAGGCAGGUUUCAACUCGGAUAGUAGCAGCAAUGAACUACUCGAGAAAUGUCCGAUUUGCCUCCUCACUUUUCGACAGCAAGAAAUCGGUUCGCCGGCUACAUGUGCACACAUAUUCUGUGCCAGCUGCAUCGAGGCUUGGUCCAAGAAUGUGCAAACAUGUCCUAUAGAUCGUAUCGAAUUCGAUCGGAUUAUUGUGCGGGAAAGUCAUGAAAAUCGUAGAAUCGUGCGCGAAAUUAACGUAGAUCCUAAUAAAAUCAAUAAAGAGCUAAUACUCGACGAGGAGGAUGGUCCCAUUGAUGAAGAUGUAACUUAUUGUGAGAUUUGUAAUAGCCCAGAUCGCGAAGAUGUUAUGCUGUUGUGCGAUGAAUGUAAUCAAGGUUAUCAUAUGGAUUGUCUAAUACCGGCUUUGACACAGAUUCCAGAGGGUUCAUGGUAUUGCGAUAACUGCUUCGAUCCCUCGGCUGAAAGUGACAAUGUGUCUGAAGAUUUAAAUUUGCUCUACGAAGACAUACGGGACAUGGGCAUACCAGAAGCGGCUCUUCGUGUAACGGAACUUCAACAGCCUCGCAUAUUGCGUACACGCCAAAAUGAACGCAUACGCGCUGCUGUAUUGCGCACAACACGCAGAUUGGCCGAACUGAUCGAAACGACUACAAACACGCCAACAGGCAACACGGAAACAAGUCGUGGCCGUGGUAGACCACGAAACAGCACAACCACCGCCGCAACUACAGGCACCACUAGGCCAACCCGUACAAGGCGUAAGCUUAGGAGGCGGCGUCCGCGUCGCGCGCGUAGACGUACCUAUGUUGUUGAGUAUGAUCUGAAUAAUUUCGAUGAAAAGUUCGCAAUUAAAGCGACUAAGAAAGUUAUUAAGAGACGUCGGCGCAAGCGCAGAGCAUCAGCGCGUAAUGCGGUUCGUUCUACCACUAGUGGUGGACGCAUGACGGCUAGUAAGCGCUUAGCAGAACAAAUGGGCGUCAAGAAAGAUCCUACAUACUCGUCUCACCUGUCGGGCACUUCGGCGGGGCUUUCACUAUUUGGUGGUGCAAAUGAUUUGGAAUACUUUUCGGACAGCGAUAAUAAUGGUAUUGAUCAUGAGAUCCAGCUUGAGAGUGGACAUGGCACUGCUGUACAAACAUCAAUACGCAUUUCCAAUUUUGGAUCGCAACGGGCAGCCAAAGGCAUUCUUUUGGGCAGACUACAAGGCAACAAUAGACGAAUUGUAAUGCCCGACUUGCCCGUACAAACUGGAGCACCUACCGGAGGUGAUUUGUUGUCGAGCAUAAUGGACAUGCAAGACCGCUGGCACAAUGCGGCAAGAAACAUGGAAAAUGUGCAUAUCAGUUCCGAUGGCACUUUGCAACUGCCAAGUGGCGGUAAUAACAGUAAUACUAAUGUCAACGUUGAUUCAAAUGCGCAGCAAAAACCUACCCCGCCUAACGGCAAUGCUAACGAACAAUCAAGCUCCACUAUAAAUCCACUGGCGGGCGUUACACAAGCGCCAGUGUAUUCGCGCGGCGGCGGUAAUCAGAGCUUCGGAAGUGGAGGCGGUACUGGUGGUGGUGGUGGUGGAGGUAACUAUAACAAUCGUUACAACAACAAUAGCCAAAAUAAUUAUCGCAACCAAGGCGGUGGAAGUGGCGGCCAAUACAGACACUCAACAGGUGGUGACAGUGGCGGUAAUUCGAACAGUAUGGUCGGUCGCGGCAAUUUCAAUUUUAGUAAUCAAAACUUCCAAAACAACAACAGUAAUCAGAGCUCAAAUUUUUCACCCUUCACAAUGCGCUUCAAUCAACGCAAUAACCAACGCAACCCCAAUCAACGCAACUCGUUGCCAUUUAUGCAUCGGAACGACGGUGACAGGCAGCAACAGCAACGCAAUCUGUUAAUAAAUACACCCAAUGAUGGGAAUAAUUUAUUUAGUGGGCUACCGCCACCUCAACAGCAGAAUGUGCCAAGUGAAAAUCAGCUCUUUGGCGAUUUACCACCACCCGUAAUGGGGGCACAAUCAGUCGCGACCCCUUCUCCGCUUAUACCUUCAGGGGCACUGAACAUGACAGGUCCGCCGCCCAUGUCCGGACCACCGCCGAUGUCGGGGCCACCACCACCCAUAUCAGGACCACCGCCAAUGUCCGGGCCACCGCCAAUGUCGGCACCACCUCACAUGACGGGACCACCUCCCAUUAUGGGUCCACUACCGAUGAGUGGACCACCGCCACCAGCAAUGGGUAUGAGUGGCCCGCCACCACCACUGGCAAUGCACUCACCAAUGCAAUCCAUUCGACCGAUUAUGACUGUUCCACCACCACCUGCGCCACCGCCAGGCGUACCGAUGCCUUGGGGCACUCCAAUAUUCCAACAACUUAAUAACGAUUAUGGAAAUGACGAUGACGAUUCGAAUUGUCCGAACUUUUCGGUUUACUCUGCCGAAUCACAAGAAGUUGCCAAAUCUACAGAAUUACAAUCACAAGCACAACCGGAAAGUGAAGCAGCUAAGGAAGACGAUGAAAAUGAAGAUUUAGUACAAUUAGAUGAUGACGAUGAAAUACCAAUGCCACCAGAAACUAAUCCAAGCCAGUCAGCAGCAGUUAAAAAUUCUGACUUGUAUGAGCCAGAAAAUCCGACAGAAGAAAACGACUAUGACGACGAAGAACAAAAAAAUAAUGAAGUAAGAGAUGAAAACAAAGACAAAGAUAUAGAAAAUGAUAAAGUUGAGAAGGCGAAUGAAAAUGAAGAGAUUGCAAAAGAAACUGCAUCGCCAAAGUAUGGCACACGCGAUGUCGCAGAUGAUGGCGAAUCCCAAUAUGAUCCAGAACAUGAGAUAGUAUCCAAUGAUGGUUCUAAUAUGGAGACGGAUAAAGUGGAAGAAAAUCUCGAUGACAGUAUUAAGAGUAACAGUGAACAAACUGAGAAUGAGGCGGAAAAAUGCACAGAUCGUAGCGAUCAUACACCGAGCCCAGCUGUGUCUGAAGCGAAAAUGCCUGAAAAUGAUUUAGGUACUGCCAGCAAGAAGGGCGUCUUAGAAUUGUAUGAUGAUAGUGAUUGGGAAGAAUUGGACAUUGAUAAGCCGAAAGAAUAUGAAAAAGCGGUGCAAGCAGCCGAUAAAUCCGACUUGGAAGAAGGUCAGUUGGAGGAUGAAUCAGAAAAGGUUAAGGAGCGCAACAAAAAGAAUAAGCCAAAGGCAGGUUCAGAAAUUAACGAAAGCGAACCGGACCGUUCUUAUACUCCAUGUUUGGAUGAGAAUAAUGAACCAGAAGAAGGUAAUGAAAAUGGACAAGCCGAAGAGAUAGGGACAAAGUCCUUAAAUACCUCGAAGAAUAGUAAUGCGGAAAACGACGUAGAAGAAGAAGAGGGUAAAACGCCUGAAAUUGUUGCGAACGAACCAGUCACCAUAGAGACCGAACUGAUUUCGGACGAUGAGGAUAAUGCACGCAGCACUAAGAAGCGUAGAAGCAGUAAGAAACGCGAUAGGCGUGAUAAGAAAGUUGAAACGUUCAAGAAAGUGAGCAGCAAACAAAAGAUACGUAACUAUCGCACCGAUAAGCAACAAGUCAACAAAACUAGGGAUCGACGUCGUAUUUCCAAAUCACGUUCCCGAUCCCGAUCUCGUUCCAGGUCCAGAUCCAGAUCACAUUCACGAACACCUACUCGUAGCCGAAGCCAUAUACGUAGUCGCUCGCGUUCUCCACGAGCUGUCGUAAGCCGCUCCCGUUCACCGUCAUAUUCAGCAAGAUCGCGCUCUAGAACGCCACGUGGUCGCGGCCGUAGGCGUUCGCGUUCCCGUUCAUUGCGUUCACGCAGUCGAUCGAACAAUAAAGAAAACAACUGGCGUCAGGGUGGCCGCUUCAAUAAUAACAUGAAUAAUAGGGUGCAAGAACGAAACAGAUUCCAAAGUCAAUAUCGUCCGAAACGUCGAGAAAUACCGCGCUAUAAUGUGCGCAACGUUGUCGGUAUGCAACGUAACUUUAGGGAAGUCAGGGAGGUCAGAGAUCGCUAUGGGCGUGAUACUAGCCGACAAAUGCGCAAUUUUAGCAGAUCACCAAGCCCCCGCGAUCGUAGAGGUGGUGGUAGGUCAUUCUCUAGAUCUCGUUCUCGUGGUCGUUCGAUGUCGCCCAGAAGAAAUCGACGCGGCAGUUUUAGUAUAUCACCAAGUCCACAACCCUUGAUGCAGCGACAGUCGGUUUCACCAAGACAACGGUAUCAUUCACCCCGUCGGCACUCGCUCUCACCACAUCGAAUGACGCCAAUGCAUGGACAUUCACGAACUCCGAUACGUAUGCGCUCACGAUCGAUGACACCUCAGCGUAUGGCUGGUAGAAAGGUCAUAAGACGCAUGCGGGGCGGUUCUCCGAUACCACAAGCAGUUAUCUCACGUUCCCCGUCUCGAUUACGUUCAAUUUCUGCUUCACCCAGGUAUACGCCGCGUUUACAUAGAAGCCACUCAAAGACGCCAAUUUUGCGCGCAACCAAAGGCAAAAAGAAAAAGUUAAAGGAAAAAGGUAAGAAAAAGAAGAAGAAGCGCCUGCCAAACUUAAGUCCGGAGCCCAAUAUUCGCAUCUCGCGCGAUGCUUUCGAGGUAGAUCGCCCACCAAAGAAGAAACGUCGCCAUUCACCAAAACAAAAGCCCGCCAUUGAAGAACCUACAUGGUCGCCAUCUCCCAGUCCACCGCCUGUACUCGACUACGAACGCGAUAACAAUAUCUCAUGGACGCCGCCAUUGGUGUCCCCGCGUCUUAUUCACGAAAUGCAUGGCAUCUAUCAGCCAGAACCACGUCGUAGCACUUCGAUAUCCAGCAAACGUGACAAACGAAAGCGUAUUAAGAAGAAGAAGAAAGGUGAAAAGCGACGCGAAGUGCGCAAGGAGAAACGGCGCACUAGACGCACCCAAACACCAGAACCAAUACCAUCAAAGGAAGUAUUUGCUUCAGGCAACAAUAUACUCGUUAGUGUAAGUUUCAAUAAAGAGGUUGCUACAAACCAGCAACCAUCACAAACAACAGUUGUCACGCUGCCGCCUACCCGUGAAGAUUUGCAUACGAAUCGGCGCAAUUCUAUUGAUUGUUUGAAUAGCUUGAACGCUGCUAACAAAAAGAAAAAAAAGCGCAAGAAGCUCGAUGCAAAACCUGUAGCGAUCAUCGAUCUGGAGCGGUCGCCAUUCCAGGUGCACCAGGAACCGGCCGACGUUAUAGUUCUUACCGAUAGUGAGGAGGGUGUCGGCGGACAAGACAGUGAGCACGAACAUGGGCAUGAACAAGAGCAUGAGCAUGAACGACGACGCGAACGCCGUCGCAGCGCAUCCAUAGCCGAAGAAAUGGAUCAUCAUCGCUCGCAAAUGAGUAAUGGAGUGCGAUCAUCUUCACAGCUAGACAAAACGCCACCACUAGAACGCGAACGUCUUGAAACCAUACUUGAAGAGUCUUAUGAUAUGCCACAAACUGGACCGAAGACACCACCUGAACCACCUACUGUUAAAUUCAACAUAGCCGCUAAAAAGCAGAAUAAAGUGCGAAACAAUCCAUUGCAUGAUGAGGCCGAAUUGAAUUCGGAAUCUGAAAUGGCGGAAGUACAUGAACCAGAUACACAUCGGUCAGAACUGGAAACCAUGCAUGUGCAAGGCAGUCAGAAAAUUGGUCCAAACACACCGCCUGAGUCCGGUCCAUGCUCGCCAGAUGCUUACGAUCCCUUUGAUCCUACAAAGUCACCAUCUAUGUCACCGCGUUCUCCGUCACCCGCGCCAUUGAACAGCACACAAACCUCAAUUGGAGGCGAUAAUGGUGUUGAAGUGGUGCCCCCUCAAAAGCACAUCGUCGACGAACAGCGUCUACCCAGUGAACGUAGUGCGAUCACUACACAGAUUUCCGCCACCGGCAGUGGCAUGACUUCACAAGGUCCCACACUCAACCCCGUUGAGUUAGUAAUGAAACUAAUGAACACAAAACAGAAUAGUUCACAAGAUUUGAACAAAUCCAUUGACCAACAAUACAACACAGCGACACAUGUGCACUCCACUAUCAUGGGCAAUGCUCACGAUGACGGCUUGGGCAUGCGCGACAAGACCGACGAGGCAUUGGGCCUCACUGUGAUAUCGAAUGUACUAUUAUCUAAUGGCAAUGCACAGGCCUCCCAACACAUACCAGUAAUUUCCAGUCCAACCCCCAUAAUGAAAAGUAAUCAAAUAUCAAAAUUGCCGCUGCCUAAAGUUUCUAGCAGUGUGGGCAGUAGCAGUGGUGCCGGCCUACCUUCGUCCAAUUCAAAUGCACGAAAUGGCGGCUUAGACGAUCAGGUGAAUCUAACUGAAAUGGAAAGUCCAUAUUCGCCUGGAUCCGCUGACUAUGAGGAUCUCUUCGAACCGCCACCCGAAAGUUCAGGUGCACCGCGUCGCUCGAAGCGUUCAAAUAAUGUCGGUGGUAAAAUGGAUAUGUUUGAUAACUUGUUCGGCAGCACUUCGCCCGUGGGCCAUACGCGUUUGCCGAAGAAAUUCAAGGCAAUAAUUACUAGUAGCACGAAGAAAUCGAAAGUUAAAGUCAACAAAACAGAAGACCACAUUAAAGUUUAUGAUGAUGUCCCAAAUUCAGCCGUUGAAUUACAAGUCAAAGAUAAGUUUUUACGGAAGCUGAAUCGACAGGAACGUGUUGUGGAAGAAGUUAAAUUGGUAUUGAAGCCGCGUUUCAACAAGAAACAAAUUACAAAAGAUGACUACAAGGAAAUUAUGCGACGAGCUGUGCCAAAGAUCUGUCAUAGCCGUUCGGGCGAGAUAAAUCCACACAAAAUCAAAAAUCUCAUCGACGCCUACGUGAGGAAGUUCCGUGCAAAGCACAAGAAAUUGAAUCUCCUCAACACAGGACAGGUCAGCAGCGCAGUCAAGUGUGCUGCCUACCUGAAGAAGCUGUAAGCGAAUGCCAAUCGUGCGUCGAACACGAUGCACGACCCCACAUAACGUAACAUACAUACAUACAUAUAGUGUGUAAGCGAAUAAACUGAGAUGGAUCAAAGGAAACCGGAGCAGCUUUUGCAUGCAGUUCAUACGUUAGAUUCAUAUAGGCAUACCCUUGCACUAGCGACACACACAUACACACUCACACGCUUAUACAAGCAAACAUUCUUGCAUGUAUAUGCGCGUUUCUAGGUUAUAAUGACCGAGCGGCAUAUACUCUUGGGAUGUAUAAACAUAUGUAGGUCCGCAAAGCAAAAAAAAAAAGAACCGUAGAAAAUUUGGAGUUGGGCGUAGUUAAAAUAUGAAACAUUGAGUGUAAACAUAAUUUUAGAUUUAAACAAAUUUUGGCAAUUAUAAAAUACUAAAAAUUUUAAAAGAACAUUAUUGUAAACAAUUAUCUUGCUUUUGAAUUAAAUAUAUCGAUUACUAGUUUCAGCGACACAUGGAAUGAAGUUAGCUGUUUAUUUAUUGGAUUGGCAUAAUAUAAAAUAUUUUACAUACACACUACUUAUAUAUAUUUAUACUUUUAUUUUCUCAAUUGUAUUUCAAACUAAACUCCCAUAAGGAAUACCAAUAGUAAUAGUAAAAUACCUGUUAUGCAAACCAUACAAAUGUAUUGUAUACUUUUAAGACCACCUUCGAAACAUCUGUGCUUCAAACAAAUGUAUUUACAUUUAUUAUAUCCCUUAUAUACUGCUUUUACGAAUCCUUAUGUCAAAGCAAUUUUUUUAUUAUUUUUAUUAAUUGUACCACUCUUUUGCUGUAACGCAGCUUUAUUGACAGAACAAGCGAAGUCUCCUGCCACAACGUUUCAUAUGAUUGCAGAAGUUUUGAAAUUCAGUAAAUUGUAUAAGUAUAUAUGUAUAAUAAAAAUAAAAUAUUAAAACAGAA